AUGCAAGCAACUCUUGACCAAGAAUUGGACAUUAUUGAACGAAAUAGUAAUGGAUGGAGUUCAUUAACUUAUUAUGAUCGAACAUUAUUACAAAGACUUGGAACAUGUUUAGAAUCAUGUCUAGCAGUAACAUCUGAUAAUACUUUUCUUAAUAUAAUUAUCAAUCGACGACCGCAAGCAUUUGAUACGUUUGAAUGUGUUGCCGCAUACUUAUUCAAACAAUGGUAUCAUCAAAACCACUCAUUAGUUGGUGAACAAUUAAAUUAUUUAACUAUUGUUGGUACAUUUAAUCGACGUCUAGCAUUAACAUUACAAAAUGAUAAUGAUGAUAUUGAUCAAGAAACUGAACAAACAAAAAAUAAUCUUGAACAUCAUAAACGUGUACGUGAAUUAUUAUUUGAUAAUAAUAAAGAAUUAUUUGAUAUUUUAAUGAAAAUUUUACCAAAUAUGAAUAAAAAUGAAUUCGAUUUUAUUGAAAUGAUUUUACCAUGGUAUGAAUCUUAUAUAUUUUUUGAACAUAGUUAUAUUGAUUCAACAUUAGAUGAAAAAUUUCUUUAUUUUAAUCAUCAAAUAAUUCAAUGUUUAAAUUCAAAUGAAUAUAAACAAUCUAUAUUAUUAAUAGAAAAUAAUCAAACAAUGAUUAUAACAGUAUAUCAUCAAUUUUAUUUAGGUAUAUGUACAAUGGCAAUGGGUAUACAUGUUAAUUGUGAUGAAAAUGAAUGUGAUAAUGCAAAAUUUUUAUUAGAAUUAUAUUUAUCAAAUUAUAUUAUUUUUAUAAAUUAUAUAUUAAAACAAAAUCAAAUAAAUACAUUAAAUAAUUUAUCUUGUUUAACAGGUAUUAUAACAUAUCUUAUUAAUUAUACAUUAAUUAUUGAUAAUGAUAAUAAUCGACAAUUAUUAAUUAAUUUAUUUUCAUUAAUACUUCAUGAAAAUAUUUAUAUGAAUAUAUGUAUGAAUUGGUCAACAUAUGAAACAAUAUUAAUUGAUUCAAUAAUAUGUUAUUUAAUUAUUUAUUGUUUUAAUAAUUAUUUAUUAAUUCAAUAUAUAAUUCAAAUAGAUAAUAAUUAUAUAAAAAAUUUAGAAAAUUUAAUUGAACAAGCACAAUUAUGUGGAAAUCGUCGUAUUAGUAUUAUGGCACAAUUAUUUUUACUUAUAUUAAUAAGUUCAACAACAAAUAAUGAUUUAUCAGAAAAAUUAUUUCUUUCAUGUUUAAAUUAUAUUCAAAUGUCAUUACAAAAUAUUCAUUCAUAUCAUUAUAAUCGUAUACCAAUGAAUAUGUUUUUUAAAAGUUUAAUAUAUAUUGUAAAAUAUGAUUAUAUACAAGAAAUUAUUCGUCAUCAAUAUUUAAAUUUAUUUAUAAAUGUUAUUAUUAAUUAUGAAAAUAAAAAUUUAUAUGAUAAUAUUAUUUAUUAUGAAUGUACAAUGAUUACAUUAAAUAUUUUAUGGUCAUUAUCAUUUAAUGAAAAUAUUAAAAAAAUUUUAAAACAAAAUGAACAAAAUCUUUUUGAUAUUAUACAAAAAAUAAAUAAAACUACAAAUGAAAUGUCUAUUAAACAAGCUACAUGUGGAUUACUUUAUAAUAUUGAUCAAUUGGAUUUAUCACAACAUUCAAUAAUAAAUGAUCAUAAUUUUGGUAAAACGAUUGGUAUAAGUUAUGAUCCAAGUGAUCAUAAAACUGUUGAAAUGAUUGAACAUGAAUUUAAUAAAAAUGGUCUUCGUGUAUGGACAAUAUAUGAUCAUAUGGAUGAUAAUUUUAUUUCAUCAUUUAUAUCACUUAUGAAUAAUACACAAUAUUUAAUUGUUUGUCUUAGUGAUAUGUAUAGAUUAAAUAAUCGUUGUCGUACAGAACUGCUUUAUGCUACAGCAUCUGGUCAUCAAGUUCUAUCAUGGAAAGUUUAUACAUCAACAAAUAAUCCAGAUAAUGAUGAACAAAUUCGUAUUCAUGCUAUAGAAACAUUACUUCAACGUGUAAUACCAAAUGAUGUUGAAAACACACAAACAAUCUUACCAUCAAUAACUGAUACUGAACAUAUUAAUAUUCAUAUGGAACGACGUUCUGUGCUUACAAAUUUUAGUAAUCGUCGACGUGCAAAAGAAAUAAUGAGUUUAGAAAAUUGGACAAAUACAGAAGUUCUUGUUUGGUGUGAGUUAAUAAAUUUACCUGGUUUUUUAAAAUUAAUUACAAAUUUCGAUGGACAAAGUGUUAUUAGAUUAUAUGAAUUUUGUAAACAGAAUUCAACAGAAACUAUAUCAUUAUUAAAUAGUGAUUUACAUCAUAUAUGUCAACAAGAUCAUAUUCCUGAUAUUCAAAUAUCAGUUCAUGAAUUUAUUCGAUUUCAAAUUGAAGUUGAAAAAUUGUUAUCAAUAACAUCAUCAAGAAAUUCUUCAAUAUCAUUAUCAUCAUCAAAAAUUGAUAUUUAUAAAAAUCGAUUGAAAAUAAAAACUUGUUCAAUUCUUUAUUUAUUAUAUGUAAUUGAUCUAAAAAAUGAACGAGAUUAUAAUGAAUUAUGUCGUGUCGGAGACAUUCAGCAUUAUUAUGAAACAUCGAUUCGAUUUGAAAAAAAAUUAUUUCAACGAUAUUGUCGAGCAUAUGGUCGAUUGAAACAAAAAUUAGAACAUAUUUGGAAUAUUUCCGAUGAUAGAAAAGAAAUUCUUUUAACUUCCAUACUUAAUCGAUGGGCAUUUUGGUUAGAUGAAAUUGUACAACUCUUAGAUCGAUUUAUCAAUCAAUUAGAUAAUCUUCAAUCGUUUUGUCAAGCUACCGAAUCGUUUAUUACUGAACCUAGUCAAUUGAUUAAAUUAGGUAAAUACUACGCAAAAAAUAAGAAGUUAUCAACUGAACAGCAUCAAUUAGAUUUUUAUCGUUCAUUUGAUAAUGCCGAAUAUCUACUUCGAUACCAUAUUGAUAUAUUAACACAACGUAGUACAAUUGUUAGUCAUUUGAAUUUAACUAAUGAACAACAAUCAAUCUGUGCACUUUAUAUUCGAGGUCAUGAAGUGAUACUUGAAACAUUUUUAAGUACAAAUAUUGAUCUCGAAUUAGCAUGGAAUCUCUAUGAAACACUUUUUCGAUCGAAAAAAAAAAUUUUAAUUGAAAAAGAAUUUAAUCGAAAUUUUAAUGAGGCUGAAUUGAAAAUGAUUGCUAUCGAUUAUCAAUUAGAUUAUAAACAUAUGAACGAUUAUUUAACUCGAACAAAAUUUAUAAACGAAGAAAAAAUGCAUGUAAAAGAUUUCAUUCUAGUUAAUGCAAUAGAAGAAAAAGAUCAAAAUAAAACAUAUAAAAAUUUUAUCAAGCAAUUUGAAAAUGAAUUACUACCUAUUGAAAUUAAUCUUAAAGAUAAAACUCAAAUAUUUUUCGAAAAAAUAAAUUUCGAUAAUAAAAAUGUUCAAUAUGUAUUUGGACGUUUGGAUCAAAAAUAUUCUAUUUUAGAAAAACAAAAUUUAUUAUUCUCGAAUAAUAAAUUAAAACAAGAUAUAUAUCUAGGAAAAUAUCAAUCGAUUCAACCGAAAAAUUUUCUUAAUAUUGAAUAUUUAACAGAAGAUGAUUGUCAAUCAAUCUAUAAUAAACUUGUUGAACAAGAAUUUAUUAAUAAAGAAACUGGAAUUCUUCUGACAAAUGAUUUAGAAAUUUUAAAAUUUGAUAAUUAUCAAUUAUAUAAAGAACGAAUUAUUUCCAUAAUCAAUGUUCGAUGUUUAUAUCAACUUGAAAUACUUAAACUGUUACAUCAAUAUGAGUCAACGGAUAUCAAUCAAAUCAAUUUCAAUCUAAGAUCAAAUUGUCAUCAUGAAAUUCUCUAUGAACUCGAAUCAUUAUUAAUCAUUAAAUCGAUUUAUUUCAACUAUAAAACAAUCGAUGUUUCUCUAUUUGAUAAAUUACUUUUGCAAGAUUAUUUAUACAAAUUAGAAGAAUUAAUUAAACUAAAUACUAAUACAGAUGAAACUAUCUACAAAAGUAUGGCACAAUCAUUACAAAUAACAAUUGGAAAAUUAAAUUAUUUAUCUAAGCCAGAUUCCCAUUUAAAUCAUCUUGAAGAAAAUAUCAAUGAUCAAUUUGAUCAUAUCGAAGAAAUAGAUAUAAUGACUAUUAAUGGUUAUCGAUGGUCAGGAUUCUGA